UGCUCAGUAGUGGGACAGGACCCAGCCUACUCAGGUGCUACAGCGGCUAUGUUCUGCUCCUCGCUGUCAACGGUGUCACUGAAUGUUUUGUGUUUGCUGCUAUGAGCCAAAAGCAGGUGGACAAAUAUAACCUGGUGAUGCUGGGCCUGUCAGUCUCCUUCCUGCUCCUCUCUUAUGCUCUGACCUGGUGGGCCGGAGGAGUGGGAUUUAUUUUGGCCAACUGUCUGAACAUGGGCCUGCGAAUCCUCCACAGCAUCGUGUUCAUUCAUCACUACUUCAGCUCGUCUCCAUGGAAACCUCUGCGUGGUCUCGUUCCAUCUCCACUGUUGAUACUGGCUCUGCUUGUCAGUGCAGUGGUCACAGCUUUGUCAGAGUUUGCCUUCUGCUGUGAGCGUGGCUGGUUCUUCAGGCUGCUCCAUGUGUCUGUGGGCGGAGUCUGUUUAUGCUUCGUGUUUCUCACUGUUUACGUCACAGAGACGAGACUCAUUCAGUUCGUCCAAACACAACUGCUGCCUCGAUACAGGAAAAAACACCACUGAAAUUAAGGAAUCUACACACAGAAAAGUUUACUGAAAAAAUAAUAGAUGUACAUGAGGGUAUCAGAGACUAUUUCACUAAUGGAAAAAAUGUUAUGAAUGUAUCAAUGUGUUUAUACCAAACAAUCAGUAAAAAGGUUUACACAAGAAAA